CAACGAAGUGAGAAUAAAAAGAGAAGUUAUUAUUAGCAGAAAAGAAAAAGAGAUCUGGCGGAGAAGGAAACCAAAAUCUCAAACGAACAAACUUGGCUCCUUCCUUGGGAUCGAAAACCCUAAAAACAAAUUGCCUGGAUUGGUGAACAGCCUUUCUGGAGAUCUCCCCCUAUACCAAUAUCUUCUCCAUAUUUGCCGUUAGGAUCUGUCCUCUGGUACCAUCACAACAUCGGCAAUUUCGAAAUUGGGGAUUCAUUUGUAAUUUGAAAAUAAAACAAGGGAUUGGUUACAAUGGCAUCAGCUCAGGUUAAGCGGAGGCAAGAGGCUGGACGGCGUAAGCUUGAGGAGUUCCGAAAGCAAAAAGCAGAACGAGAGAAAAAGAAUAAUACCGCACAACCUGUUGAUAACACCGUCGCAGAUUCAGAUGGAGAAGUUGUUGUUGCAUCUAUCUCUAACGGACCUCUCAGCCAAUCUCCUGAAACCUCCUCCUUCAACCAAACCCAAUCCAAAUCCAAAUCCAAAUCCUACGAUGGAAGCAGCAAAGAGAGAAGCAAGAGAGAUGAGUCAGUUGGCACAUCUAGUAGCUUAGACUUGAGAGGUUCCUCUAAUGACUUUAGAGAGAAGCAAUCCAGUGGAGAUUUCAAUCGUGCCUCUACUCUAACAGAAAGUGCAUCUCCAAGCAGUUUGUUAUCAACCUCGACGCAAAUGCAUGGCAGUGGAUUAAUCUCAUCAAGAAAAGACUCUCUACAACCUACUACCAGGAUGGCAGAGUCUACUCACGAAAGUGGUGAACUUAGAAGAGGAGGUAGCAGCAUCUUGCAGAAGCCAACUUUGUCUAACAGUUAUUUGUUUAGUUCUCCGGACACAUCAUCUCGACCUUCUGAAUCUUCGGAUGAUUACGGUGCAACCUCUUACUCUGCUAAAAAUGAAGCAACUGUAAAGAGGAAUCGUCCAUCUUUCCUUGAUUCCCUUAAUAUUUCCAGAGCUUCCGAGACUCAGUAUCAACACCCUGAGAUUCAUGAAACAUCAAGUGGUUCCCAUUUAACUGUCGGUGAUGAGUCAGGACCAUCUUCACUCCAGUAUAUAUCAGGAAAGAGCGACAGUAACGGUCCGUCAUCUGAUUCUCCUUAUCCAUAUGACAAUUUCAGGAGUCCUUCGUUUCCUGUUGCCAAUGGAGUAAUGCCAGGUUUCACUGAUUACUCCAUCCCAAAGCAAAAUGAUGAUUUUAGUUCUCUGGAACAGCAUAUUGAGGAUUUAACGCAAGAAAAGUUUUCACUGCAAAGGGAUCUUGAUGCUUCACGUGCUUUGGCAGAAUCCUUAGCAUCUGAAAAUUCUUCGAUGACAGACACUUAUAACCAGCAGCGAAGUAUUGUCAACCAACUAAAAGAUGAUAUGGAGAAGCUACAUCAACAGAUUCAAGCACAAAUGGGGGAACUUGAAUCUGUCAGGAAUGAUUAUGCAAACGCGCAGCUAGAGUGUAAUGCUGCUGAUGAGCGUUCACAAAUACUGGCUUCUGAAGUCAUCAGUUUGGAAGAUAAGGCUCUCAGACUCAGAUCUAACGAGUUAAAACUGGAGAGGGAACUGGAGAGUGCACAAGCUGAAAUGUCUUCUUACAAGAAAAAAUUACAGAGCCUAGAGAAAGAUCGCCAAGACUUGCAAUCUACUAUUAAAGCUCUUCAGGAAGAGAAGAAGGUCCUACAGACUAUGGUGCAGAAAGCUUCCUCUGGUGGAAAAUCCACUGCUCUCGACAAAAGCUCUACUAGCAGUAAAAACGCAUCAACCUCUACAGAAGGCCUAGCAAUCUCAGAUACCAUGACAGGGAGCUCAAAUCAGGAAACAGAUUCUACAGAUCUGCUGGGAAGUUAUUUAUCUAAUACAGCUAUCAUUCAUGAAACUGGACAAUUAACUCUUGAAGGCUUUCCAUUGAGCGUCCCAGCUGAUCAGAUGAGACUGAUCGAGAACAUUAAUACGCUGAUUGCUGAGUUGGCAAUUGAAAAAGAGGAACUGGUGCAAGCAUUGUCAACUGAAUUAUCUCAAACUGCACGGGUAAAGGAGCUGAACAAAGAGUUAUCCAGAAAACUUGAAGUGCAGACGCAAAGGUUAGAGCUACUAACAGCACAGAAUAUGGCGAUAGACAAUGUUUCACCUGCAAAGCAGCCGGAUUUUCAUGUUGUUCAAGAGAGACCACCAAUUGCAGAUGAGGGCGAUGAGGUGGUAGAAAGGGUUCUAGGAUGGAUCAUGAAGAUGUUCCCAGGAGGACCAUCAAAAAGAAGGACAAGCAAGCUUCUCUAAUGCACGCCUUGCUCGGCUAUUCUGUACAUUCUGGCACAGCCACUAUGGCUUCUUCUCUUAUUGUUUUGGAAGAAUUCGUUUAGCUUUUUGAUCCAACAAAUUGGGUUUCAGUAGGCUUGAGGAAUAUCAAGAAGACAGCAUAUAGUGAGUGUGAUACAGACGCUUUGCAAAGAGUUCCAAAUGGAGAGAGACACGAAGCGUGAACAGAGAGAAUUUAUGAGUGCGUUUUUUUGUUGUUUAUUUACUUGAAUUUUUGUAACUGUUGAUUAUAGUGCAAUAUACUAAUUACCAUAAUAAUCCGGUGUAGUUUUGGUUGGACAUAUAUUUUAUUUUCCUGUGCUCGUUUUAGUUUCAAGACUCGAAUAAACAAAUAUAUAAACUAGAUUAUUACAUAAAUACCUGUUUUAAUUUUAA